AGGCGUCCUAGUUAUCCUCUCAAUUUCUGGACUGUCAUGAUACCCUUAGAGAGUGUGUUCCAGUGUAAGACGGUUCCGCACUCAACGCUUCGCGACAACUAGGUAUUGUGAACAGGCAUUCCCUUAACUAGAAGUUAUGAGCGACUACGACUACAUCAACCUCAUGGGGAACGGCAGCAACAAUACUUACGAAGAUUCCUUCAACAGGAAUUUCAACUGGAAUGAGCUCCUUCCUACGCUAAUUGUCUACAGCGUCACCUUCAUUUUGGGAUUGACGGGGAACAUUUUGAUUAUUUUUACUACUUUUAAAUACAGGCGAAUGAAAAGCGUCACCAACGUUUUUCUAUCGAGUUUGGCGUGCUCCGAUCUCAUAUUGAUCAUCGUUUGUAUACCUGUUAAGGUUGCCAAACUAUUUUCUUACACUUGGGAAAUGGGCGAGCUAAUAUGUAAAACGAUUCAUUACAUGCAGUACGUUUCAGCUAUAUGUUCGGUUUUAACGCUAACUGCAAUAAGCAUCGAAAGAUAUUAUGCAAUUGUUCACCCGAUGAAAGCAAAAUACAUUUGCACAAUAAGCCAGGCUAAAAGAAUUAUUUUAGUCAUAUGGAUAUUGGCGGUAAUAUUGGGUGCCCCAACAAUAAAAGCGCAGUUGCAUUUACCAGUAGGUCGGAAAAACGAAUCGAAUUAUUGCGUGCGAGCAGGUUGGGAUGUUAAUUACUUAUCGAUACAUAAAUUCCACGAGCUCUACAUGUUCAUCUUGAUUUUCGCGCUGCCCUUUUGCAUUAUGGCCCUUUCUUACGGGCUCAUUUGCUGGGAAAUUUGGAAAGUAAUGGAAAGAAGAUCCGCUAUGACCAGCGAACAAGCAUUGUCACGAAACCCGAGCAAAUACCUGCCACAAAAUCAAAAAUUGAUACGGACAUUCUCGCCGAACGACAGUCAGAAGUGUAAAUCGAGAAACGGCUACAGAGACGACACGAACAUGGUGAAGCAGGUUAUCUGCAUGUUGGUUACAGUCGUGGUGCUUUUCGCUGUUUGUUGGACGCCGAUGUUGGUGGAUAAUGUACUUACAGCUUAUGGAAUCCUGCCUUUCCAGAAAUUCGGGACGCUGAAAUACAUGUCGAGCGCGUUUUCGUUAAUGGCCUAUUUCAACAGUUGCAUUAACCCUAUUAUUUACGGAUUCAUGUCGAAGACUUUUCGCGAGAGUUUCAUUCAAGCCAUUUGCCUGAAGUCUGAUGGAAGAGCGCCAGAUCGUACCAGUUCCUACAGCUUGCGUUACGUGUCGACAAGAGGAUCUUCUGUUAGAAGCACCGUGGCCAGAAGUACCUCAAUCAAGUGAAAAAUUGCUUCUAACAUAUCUCUGAAAUUAUCCCAUGAGUUACAAUUCGAUCCCGUUUCCUACAGGUGUUAGCUGUGAUAAUGAAGUGUAUUACUGUUGCCUGCAUUUAAAGGUUUAGAUGAAUAGGGAUAAAUAUUUAUUAACUUCAUACAUAUUCAGUACGUUCCUAAAAAUAUUAAACACUUACUUUGGUAGGUAAUUCAAAUAUAGAUUAAGAAUUUUGUGAUAAAUAUAUGUAUUAUAAUUUUGUUGAUCCUGUAGGUGUUUCAUUAGUAGAGAUGCAUUUUAACUGUGGAGUCACAUAUAUGUGAGUGUUACACCCUGUAUAAUCGAAAAUAGAUACAAUUAUUGUCCAUAAAAACGCUUGUCUGGUUUCCAUUGGAAUACAUUUAUUUUUAAACUUCUCUAGAGCAUGUUCGAGUUUUCAGAGCAAUUAAUAUGAAUUUAUGAAUUAGUAGUAACUCCUCUCUAUUAACUUAUAUAUUAAAUUUACUGUCGUAAAGUAUUUUGUGGAAUUUCGAAUUCUUAUAUAUUUUGUGUGAUCUCUAAUGUAUUAGUAGCUAAAAAUCGAUGUAACAAUUGUACCUACCUAUUUUACUCCUGAAAUAAAGUAGUCAUUCCAGA